UUCUCAUCCUCUCCUCCUCACCUCCUCAUCCUCCUCCCCCUCCCAGCCGAGCACCAUGGGCAACUGCCACACCGUGGGGCCCAACGAGGCGCUGGUGGUGUCAGGAGGCUGCUGCGGCUCGGACUUGAAGCAGUACGUGUUCGGCGGCUGGGCCUGGGCCUGGUGGUGUGUCUCAGACACGCAGAGGAUUUCCCUAGAGAUAAUGACGCUACAGCCCCGGUGUGAGGAUGUAGAGACGGCCGAGGGGGUAGCUCUAACUGUGACUGGCGUGGCCCAGGUGAAGAUCAUGACGGAGAAGGAGCUCCUGGCCGUGGCCUGCGAGCAGUUCCUUGGGAAGAACGUCCAGGAUGUCAAGAACGUGGUCCUGCAGACGCUGGAAGGACACCUGCGCUCCAUCCUUGGAACCUUGACCGUGGAGCAGAUCUACCAGGACCGGGACCAGUUUGCCAAGCUGGUGAGGGAGGUGGCCGCCCCGGAUGUGGGCCGCAUGGGCAUCGAGAUCCUGAGCUUCACCAUCAAGGAUGUCUACGAUAAGGUGGAAUACCUGAGUUCUCUGGGAAAGACACAGACGGCCGUGGUGCAGAGAGACGCCGACAUCGGGGUGGCCGAGGCCGAGCGGGACGCGGGCAUCAAGGAGGCCGAGUGCAAGCGGGAGAUGCUGGACGUCAAGUUCCAGGCCGACACCAAGAUCGCCGACUCCAAACGGGCCUUUGAGCUGCAGAAGUCGGCCUUCAGCGAGGAGGUGAACGUCAAGACGGCCGAGGCCCAGUUGGCAUACGAGCUGCAGGGGGCCCGGGAGCAGCAGAAGAUCCGCCAAGAGGAGAUCGAGAUCGAGGUGGUGCAGCGCAAGAAGCAGAUCGCCGUGGAAGAGCAGGAGAUAAUCCGCAUGGACAAGGAGCUGAUUGCCACCGUGAGACAGCCCGCCGAGGCUGAGGCUCACCGUAUACAGCAGAUCGCCGAGGGCGAGAAGGUGAAGCAGGUCCUCCUGGCCCAGGCGGAGGCCGAGAAGAUCCGCAAGCUGGGGGAAGCGGAGGCUUCCGUGAUCGAGGCGAUGGGUAAGGCGGAGGCCGAGCGGAUGAAGCUGAAGGCGGAGGCGUAUCGGAAGUACGGGGACGCGGCCAAGAUGGCCCUGGUGCUGGAAGCCCUGCCCCAGAUCGCCGCCCAAGUGGCCGCGCCGCUGACCAAAGUAGACGAGAUCGUGGUCCUGAGCGGCGACAACAACAAAGUGACAACAGAAGUGAACCGCCUGCUGGCAGAGCUCCCCGCCUCCGUGCACGCGCUCACGGGAGUGGACCUGACUAAGAUCCCCCUCAUCCAGAAGGCCACAGGGGUGCAGGUGUGAGAGCCAGCCAAGGACACCCAACUUCUUCCAUCUCCCGCCUCCCCGCUCCGAGGCCCGUCUCUCCGGCCGGGGCGUGGGCAGUCGGAUUCGGACUCUGACUUUCUCUCUGGUGCCUUAUUUUGUAGGACCAGAAGCUGCAUGUCCAA